AUGCCACUCCUCUUCCUCAAGUCCUACCUCCCCGUGGCCGCCGCUGCCGGCGCCUUCGCCGCAGUCGGCGGUGCCGGUUACCUUCUUAGCCAGCAGCACCAGCAGCCGCUAUGGGCCAGGGGGGGUCCUCAGCCCGACGAGGCGGAAGCAGUAGAGCUGCUUGAGCGGCCCCCUCCGCGACCCACACAGCUGGAGAGGCUGCGAGGCAGCACUCGGGACCGACCCUUCGAUGUGCUGAUCGUGGGCGGGGGAGCUACGGGGUCGGGAUGUGCUCUGGAUGCGGUGACAAGGGGGCUUCGUACGGCAUUGGUGGAGCGUGACGACUUUGGCUCCGGAACUAGCUCCAAAUCCACCAAAUUGGUUCACGGGGGGGUGCGCUACUUGGAGAAGGCUGUGUUCCAGGCCGACAUUCGCCAGCUCCGUCUCGUGUACGAGGCCCUUCACGAGCGCGCCACGAUGCUGGCCCUGGCGCCCAACUUGGCAGCCCCUAGAGCCAUUCUCACGCCUUGCUACAAGUGGUGGGAGGUGCCGUACUACUGGGCUGGGCUCAAGGCAUAUGAUUUGGUGGCGGGUCGCGCCAACCUCAUUUCCUCUCGCUACGUGCCGCCGGCUGAGGCCCUAGAUAUGGUGCCUACUUUGGCAACCUCGCAUUCGGAUGGCAGCACACUCAAAGGGGCGGUGCUGUACUACGACGGCUACUUUGAUGACGCCCGUUUCAAUGUGGCCCUGGCUUGUACUGCAGCCGCUGCGGGGGGUGUGGUGGCCAACUACGUGGACUGCAAACAGCUGAUAAAGAAUCAAGACGGCAAGGUGGUGGGGGCUGUCGUACAGGACCGUCUGGGUUCGGAGCCGCCCUUUGAGGUGUACGCCCGGGUGGUUCUCAACACCACUGGCUGCUUCGUGGAUGAGGUACGGCACCUUUCCCGGCCCGACGCCCUGCCCAUCAUCCAGCCCUCCUCCGGCGCCCACAUCACCCUGCCCGCCUUCUACGGAGGACAUACACGAAACGGAAUAAUCAUUCCUAAAACAAAGGACGGUCGCGUCGUGUUCAUGUUGCCCUUCCUGGACUCGGUGAUUGCCGGUACGACAGACUCGAAAUGCCACGUCACCCGCAACCCGGUGGCUACCCGGCAGGAGGUGGACUUCAUCCUGGGGGAGCUGCAGGACUACCUGGGUAUACAGGUCCGUCCCUCCGACGUGCUCUCCGUGUGGUCAGGCAUAAGGCCCCUGGCAGCCGACCCGCGAGCCAAGGACACACAAAACACAGUGCGCGAUCACGUUAUUGUGGAGGAGGGCGACGGACUGCUCACCGCCAGCGGCGGCAAGUGGACCACCUACCGGCUCAUGGCGCAGGAGGCGGUGGACGCCGUGGUGGCCACAGGCAGGAUGCCGACCAACGUGAAGGCAUGUCGUACAACCGGAAUACCGUUGCUGGGGGCUGGGCCCGAGUACAGCAAUACACUGGCGGCGCAGUUGGCUCAGGACUUCGGGCCCCUGGCGGCCCAUAUCGCCCCGGACGCGGCGGCUGCUUCCCUCACCCCCACCGCCCCCACCGCAUCCUUCAAGACAACCUCCGCCGCCGCCGCCGCCGCCACCCCGCCCCGGGUGGUUAUUGAUGCGCAAACUGCCGAGCACCUGGCGCAGGCGUACGGCACCCGUGCUGGUCGUGUGCUGCAGACCGCUCAGGAUCGCAAUUUGGGCGGGAAAUUGGCGGCGGGACAUCCGUUUUUGGAGGCUGAGGUGGUGUAUUGUGUACGUCACGAGUACUGCCAGACGCCGGAUGAUUUCCUGGCACGUCGUACACGACUGGCGUUUCUGGACGCCCGAGCGGCUCUGAGGGCCCUACCCCGGGUGGUGGAAUUGAUGGCCGCUGAGUUAGGGUGGGACUCGGCUCGUCGCGCCUCCAUGACCUCCUCCGCCUGGAGCUACCUCACUACCUACCUGCCACCUGCAGCAGCAGCUGCAGCAGCAACAGCAGCAGCAAGGGGGGGCCCGGGGGCUGGACAGCCCACGGCGGCACCCGCCAGCUGAG